ACAAACGUCUUACACGUAUCCAUAGCAAAAAACAUUUUUCCUUCUUCUUCUUCUUCUCUGUAAUGCUCGGAACUCUGUAUUAGCUCGAUCCAUGUCGACCAUUACCAUAGAGCCCCUCUUCCACCAUUGUCGCCGAGAAACCUCCAGGUUCUCUCAUGGAUCGAAGCAAUUCAAGCCUUGUUCCUGGUCUUGCUUCCCAAAGAAGUUCGACUUCCAUGGCCGGAAAACCUUCUUCUGCGAUUUCAAGCCUCAUCGCCGGCCUCUCCUUGUCCGAGCUAUCUCCGCCCCCGGAAAGGCUGCCGUCGAGGCUUUCGAAUCUUCUGACGUCUUUUUCAAGGAGACUUUUCCCUUGAAGCAAACUUCAGUGGUGGAGGGAAAGAUCUUCAUCAGGUUGGAUCAUGGGAAGAACAAACAAGAUUGGCAGUUCACUGUGGGUUGUGAUCUUCCUGGAAAAUGGAUUCUUCACUGGGGAGUUUCUUAUGUUGAUGAUGUUGGCAACGAAUGGGAUCAACCUCCCAGUGGAAUGAUUCCUCCUGGAUCAGUCCGAAUCAAGGACUAUGCAAUAGAGACGCCUUUUAAGAAGUCAUCUUCAUCUUUGGGAGGUGAUACAUUUCAAGAAGUCAAGAUUGAUUUUGAUCCCAAGAGUUCAAUCGCGGCAAUAAAUUUCGUCCUAAAGGAUGAGGAAACGGGUUCUUGGUAUCAGCAUAGAGCGAGAGAUUUUAAAGUGCCUCUUGUGGACUAUCUACAGGAGGGUGGCAAUAUAGUUGGACGGAGAAAGGGCUUUGGUAAAUGGCCAGGUCUUGGACAGCUUUCCAACAUGUUCUUUAAAGCAGAAGCAUUGGAUUCUAAAGAUCAAGAGAGCAAUACUGAAUCCAGAGACACUGAACAAGAAAAUAGGCCCCUAGAAGGAUUCUAUGAGGAACUUCCUUUAGCAAAAGAGGUGGUUGUUUGUAACUCGGUUUCUGUUUCUGUUAGGAAGCACCCUGAUACAGCCAAAAGUCUUCUGUACAUGGAAACAGAUCUAUCUGGUGAGGUUGUCGUGCACUGGGGAGUUUGUAGAGAUGAUGCUAAAAACUGGGAAGUUCCAGCUUCACCAUAUCCACCUAAUACUGUCAUAUUCAAGGACAAGGCUUUGCGAACGGUGUUAGAGGCAAAAGAAGGUGGAAUAGGAUCUUUUAAAGUGUUUACCUUGGAAGAAGGGCUUGAAGGAUUUCUUUUUGUUCUCAGGCAAAAUGACAAUUCUUGGUUAAACUGCAUGGGAAAUGACUUCUACAUCCGCCUUCCGAGCUCAACUAUCGCUUCUGGUCUUCCCAAACAGGUUCAAGCUGAAGGGGCAGAGACACCUGGAAAACCUGCAGAGGAAAAUGAAAUUAGUUCUCUUUCUGCAUAUACCGAUGGAAUAAUCAGUGAAAUAAGGAACUUGGUGAGUGAUAUUUCCUCUGACAAGAGUCAGAAGACAAAAUCCAAAGAAGCACAAGAAAGUAUUCUUCAAGAAAUUGAAAAGCUGGCCGCUGAAGCUUAUAGUAUUUUUAGAAGUUCUGUUUCAACAUUUGUAGAAGAAGGUGUUGCAGAAUCGGAGGCUUUAUUACCUACUGUCAAGAUAUCUUCAGGGACAGGCACAGGUUUUGAAAUAUUAUGCCAAGGUUUUAACUGGGAGUCUCAUAAAGUGGGAAGAUGGUACAUGGAGCUCAAAGACAAGGCUAGAGAAUUAUCUUCACUUGGUUUUACUGUCAUUUGGUUACCACCACCUACAGAAUCUGUGUCAGAACAGGGGUACAUGCCAACAGAUUUAUACAACCUGAAUUCCAGAUAUGGAACUAUGGAAGAGCUGAAGGAAAUUGUUAUGAUCUUCCAUGAAGUUGGUAUGAAAGUUCUUGGAGAUGUUGUCUUAAAUCAUCGCUGUGCACAGUAUCAGAAUCAAAAUGGUGUUUGGAAUGUAUUUGGUGGUCGUUUAAAUUGGGAUGAUCGUGCAAUUGUCGCAGACGACCCGCAUUUUCAGGGUAGGGGAAACAAAAGUAGUGGAGAUAAUUUUCAUGCUGCUCCAAACAUUGAUCAUUCACAAGAUUUUGUGAGGAAGGACAUCAAGGAAUGGUUAUGCUGGCUGAGGAAAGAAAUUGGCUACGAUGGAUGGAGACUUGAUUAUGUGAGAGGGUUUUGGGGUGGUUAUUUGAAGGACUACUUGGAUGCUAGUGAGCCCUACUUUGCUGUAGGCGAGUACUGGGAUUCACUUGGUUACACAUAUGGAGAAAUGGAUCACAAUCAAGAUGGGCAUCGGCAGAGAAUUGUUGACUGGAUUAAUGCUACAAAUGGAACCGCUGGUGCAUUUGAUGUCACAACAAAAGGAAUUCUUCACUCGGCACUAGAAAGAUGUGAAUAUUGGCGACUAUCGGAUGAGAAGGGAAAGCCACCUGGUGUUGUUGGAUGGUGGCCAUCUCGUGCUGUUACUUUCAUAGAGAAUCAUGACACUGGUUCCACUCAGGGUCAUUGGAGGUUUCCAGGUGGAAAAGAAAUUCAAGGAUAUGCCUACAUUCUGACCCAUCCAGGAACGCCGUCAGUGUUUUAUGACCACAUUUUCUCUCAUUACGGAUCUGAAAUUGGAUCUCUAAUCUCCCUGCGAAAUCGGAACAAAAUCCACUGCCGUAGUAGAGUUCAAAUUACCAAGGCAGAAAGAGAUGUUUAUGCAGCCAUCAUCGACGAAAAAGUCGCGGUGAAGAUUGGACCAGGUCAUUAUGAACCCCCAAGUGGACCUCAAAGAUGGUCUCGGGCUGUGGAGGGAAGAGACUACAAGGUCUGGGAAGCUUCUUAAUAUGCUAAGUUGCAUCCUAUAAAUACGAUUACACGAGGCUUGAAGAAGGAAGUUUUUUUUUUUUCAUAAUUAAAUUGUUAUAUCUAUUCAAAUUGAAGCAAGCCAAUUAAGAAUAAUCUAUUUGCUUGUCAUGAUGGUACGACUACGAGCUUCUCCGAGUUUAAGGUCUUGUACCCUGCUUUAUCUGUCCUCGAAAACCCGAGUUUGAGAAGUUUGUACGUGGGAAGUACAACACUUCGGUGAAUCAGCUAAUGUGGUGUAGACGAGCAUGGUACUAGUUUUGGGAAGGUGAUGUACCAUCAUUCACAGAAUUCUAUUCAUGUAUACGAUUUGAUUAGCAGAACAUUGUUGUAUUUUCUCUAUUAAAUUUGACUUGGCAAGAGAGAAGUUGAGUGAUCUUCUCUCUCUUUUUUUUUUUUUUUUUUGGUUGUCUUGCUUGUGAAAUCAAUAACAAUAAGAUUUAGCACCGGUGGUGCUUAAUAGUUGGUGGGCUGGGCC